AUGCCUACCACAGCUACAGAGGCGCGGCAUUUCACUAUGCCAAAAUCUCUCAAUGAGUCGAUGAACUCGACCCAGAUGGCUCCUGAUGCCGGGCCUAGGUCAACAGAAGCAGCUACCGAAACAAAGACUUCGUAUCCCGAAAAAGUACAGGAGCCGCUACACGGUCAGAAACCGAACUUCAGACCGGGAAUUACAUACGCUGCGCAGGAUAAGCUUCCAAAAUUACCAAUACCGGAGCUUGGAUCUACACUCAAGAAAUAUUGUGAGGCUCUUCUUCCGUUGCAGACCUCCCGCGAGCAAGAGGAUACUAAAGCUGCUGCGAAAGAGUUCCUUGAAAAUGAAGGGAAGGAGCUGCAAGAGCGUUUGGAAAGGUAUGCUACGGGCAAAACCAGCUAUAUCGAACAAUUCUGGUAUGACUCUUACCUGAAUUACGACAACCCGGUUGUCCUGAACCUGAAUCCCUUCUUCUUAUUGGAAGAUGAUCCAACCCCUGCUCGAAACAAUCAAGUCACUCGAGCUGCUUCACUGGUCAUCUCUGCUCUUUGCUUCGUUCGUGCGGUUCGAAAGGAAGAACUUCCACCUGACACCCUCAAGGGUGUUCCUCUUGAUAUGUAUCAGUACUCUCGCAUGUUCGGAACUGCUCGCGUACCAACUCAGAAUGGCUGUGUUAUUGGACAAGAUUCGUCGGCCAAGCAUAUAGUUGUGUUGUGCAAAGGUCAAUUCUAUUGGUUUGAUGUGCUUGAUGACAACAAUGAUUUGAUCAUGACUGAGAAGGAUGUCGUUCAGAAUCUUCAAGUCAUCGUCGAAGAUGCUGAACAGAUCCCGAUUCAGGAAGCAGCAAAGGCCGCUGUUGGCGUGCUCAGCACCGAGAACCGCAAGGUUUGGUCAGGCCUACGAGACGUCUUGACUCGUGAUGAGGGAUCCAACAACGCCGAGUGCCUCAACAUCGUUGAUUCAUCGCUCUUCAUGCUUUGCCUCGACUACACAGAGCCAACAAACGUAUCGGACCUCUGUGGUAACAUGCUUUGCGGGACGAAUGAAGUAGUCAAGGGUCUUCAAGUCGGUACUUGUACUAACAGAUGGUACGACAAACUUCAAAUUAUUGUCUGCAAGAAUGGUAGUGCCGGCAUCAAUUUCGAACAUACUGGCGUGGAUGGUCAUACUGUGCUGCGUUUUGCAAGUGAUGUCUAUACCGACACAAUUCUACGAUUUGCUAGAACCAUCAAUGGUCAAGCACCAACGCUUUGGGCUUCGAACUCUCCCGAUCCCAGCAAACGUGAUCCCGAUAGCUUUGGUGAUGUCAGUACCACUCCUCGCAAACUUGAAUGGGACAUGAUUCCAGAACUCAGCAUUGCCCUCCGCUUUGCCGAGACUCGUCUAGCCGACCUGAUUCACCAGAAUGAAUUUCAAACACUGGACUUUGCUGGCUACGGCAAGAACUUCAUGACGUCGAUGGGCUUCUCGCCUGAUGCCUUUGUUCAGAUGGCGUUUCAAGCUGCUUACUACGGGCUCUAUGGCCGUAUUGAAAAUACUUAUGAACCAGCAAUGACUAAAAUCUACUUGCAUGGACGUACGGAGGCCAUCAGAUCUGUCACACCUGAGGCCGUGGAGUUCGUCAAGACAUUCUGGGCAGACAAUUCACCCCAGAAAAAGGUGGACACGCUGAAGAAAGCCACACAAAAACAUACGGCAAUAACCAAAGAAUGUGGUAAAGCUCAAGGGCAUGACCGGCACUUAUACGCAUUAUAUUGCGUCUGGCAAAGAGCAGUAGAUGGGGAAGGUGCAGAAAGAGAAGAAAGCCCGGGAUUCAGCUCUAAUGGCUACAUCAGCGGCACCGAAUCAGACAUGGGUGGUAGCCCCAGACGUGCCUUGGAUGGUGAAGCACGGCCUGUGUCUCCUCCAGCCCGAAACGGCAACAAUACCAGGCCUGGCCGGUCGACGUCCAGUAAUAACAACCGCUCCUCUUCCAAUCACCGCGCCAGCAAAGGUGGCCCCAGUCAAAUGCCUGCCCUCUUCAUGGACCCCGGCUGGGAAAAAAUCAACAACACCAUCCUUAGCACCUCUAACUGCGGCAAUCCAUCUCUCCGCCACUUUGGCUUCGGCCCCAUCUCCGGCGACGGCUUCGGCAUCGGCUACAUCAUCAAGGACGACUCGAUCAGCAUCUGCGCGAGCAGUAAACAUCGGCAGACCAGGCGUUUCGUGGAUAGCCUGGAGAGUUAUCUGCUCGAGAUCCGGAAGUUGUUGAGGGCGACGAAGAGGGAGAGCAGUCAUGCGAAACAGACUCGGGCGAGGGAGGUAGAUGAACGGCAUGAGCUGGGAGGGAGGACAAAGAGUUUUGGCAGGCUCGUCCGGAGUGAUGGGACUGAUAAGAAGGUUGUCGGCAGUCAGAUGCCGCUUGGUGAUGGCGUGGAUGGCGAGUUGGAGAGUGAUGAUGGAUUAGGUGGUUAUGGUUUCUUCGACGCUGGAAUGCUCCUCCAAGUCCGGAAAGCCAACCAAGAGAAGGAACAGAAACCCCAUCAGGUUGCUGAGCAGAAACGGAGGGCCGUGGGCAAGAAAUUGGCGCUUAGUGAGUACUGA